GAGCAGGAAGUAGAUCUCUAUAAGUGCGUCUUUCCUCCUGAUAAUACAUCGUUGGCGGUGCUGGGUUUAAUUCAACCAUUCGGAAGUAUUCCGCCGAUCGCGGAAAUGCAAGCGAGAUGGGUGGCAGCAGUAUGGAGUGGUCAAGUGAAGCUGCCGUCUCCAAAAGGAAUGAUGACUAAUAUUGAACAAACACGCGAAAUUCGAAUGAGAAGAUACCUCAAGAAAACGAAGCAUACAAUACAAGUUGAUCAUAUAACGUAUAUGGAUGAGAUUGCCGAAAUGAUUGGAGUUAAACCGAAUAUAUGGAAGUAUCUAUUCAAAGAUCCGGUGUUUGCGGUCCGUCUCNUGAGACGAUAUAAAAGGAGUGGAAAGCUUGUUAGUUUCGCUAGUGCUGCAUCGCCCUUGGAUACAAUAAUAGAUUUUAAUCGUAAAGGAGGUCUUGACUAUCGUGCGAUAAGAAACUAA